AAAACAGCUGUUUGAAGACACAACCUCUUUUUUUUCCUCCCUCUCUCGUUGUUUUCCGACGGGUAUCCUGAGAAAAACACCCAGGCUUCAAACGCUCUCUCCUUCCUCCUUUUUUCAUCCACAGCAGCCUGCGUGCUUCAGAUCUGCGUUUUUGUCCGUCAGCCAGGAAACUUAACUGGGGAUCCAUGGUGUUAAAUUUCCAUUGUAACAAGUGGAUAACAGGAGGCGACCCUACCAAGGUGUAAUGAGAGCGCUGGUCAUGGACAGAUGAUGGACGUGGAGACGUCGUACUCAGACUUCAUCAACUGUGAUCGCACCGGCCGCAGGAACGCAGUGCCCGACAUCACAGGAGAGGGAGGGGCCAGCACCAGUGAGCUCACCAAAGACCUGGCAGAGAUGGACCUGAAGGCUGCAGAAGGAGACCCAGGGGCCUCCCCAGCGCCGGAGGCAGAGGGCUCCACCAGCCAAGAAGCCCAGGGAGGCGGAGGCCCGUCCUAAACUCGGCAUGAGGCGCAGGUGGGGGCAGAGCCGAGGAGUGGACAGGACGAGAGAGGAAGCAGGUGGAGAAAGUGUGAAUACUGUUGGUCCUGCCUGGACAUGAGGACACCUUCACUCACUGCCGGCCUGUUUGGAGCUUUCAGUGGCCCAAAUGUCGCCUUUUCAUCGGAUCAGAUUGUAACACGGGGAGAACUGAGACACUUCAUAGUCAUUUAUAUUCCCUUACCAGACAAGAAAGCACAGAAACUUUGGAUUUAUGUCUGUGGAGAUGGACUAAGCGGAACUGAAUCCAUUUAUAACACUCGAAACAUUGUUCCAGCCUAAUAUGGAGCUGUGUCAUUGGAUGGGUGGAGGGGGGGCGUAUUCAUAAUCAUCUGUUUGUCAUUUUAUUUCUAUGUAUGUGUGCGUGUUUGUGAACUUCUUGUUCGAUUUCAUUGUCGUCUUCUUUUGUUUUUUAAGUAAAGAAAAAAAACAUAGUCGCCAUUUUACUGUCGUGUACGGACUUCAUAUUUAUUGCUAAAUGUUCAGUGAUAACUUUGUGAUAGCAAUUUUCUUUGUGUAAUAAAAUACUUAUGAAUUACUGUAA